AUGAAUUUGAAUAUAGAAUUCGUUACAGAAUGGAUAACUUCAGGAAAUAUAAUAAUAACUAAUGAUAACAACAAGGAGCCAAGAGCCUUGAAAAUAAUACACGAAUUAAAGGAAGUAUGCUUUAGGUAA